GGAGCAAUUUAAAUUAGAGGAGCAAGUCUAAGAAGCGAAGCAAGUCUAAGAAGCGAAGCAAGUCUAGGGGUACAGCAAGUCAAGUAUAUCUAGGAAACCUUCAUCGUGUAUACUGCUUGGAAGAUACCUCAGAUAUUGUCACCAUUAUAGUUAACCCAAAACAUGACAGCGGUGUACAUGGUUAUCUGAAAAUAUCACGGUAUACAGUAUAGGAAUGGCUUAAGUGUUUACAUUUAACUUGUGAUUAUCAAACCUGGAUAGAUACCAUUGUUUAUUUAUAUCAUAUGAAUUAUAGGCGCAAACAGUUAUGUUUAAUUUGGACGUAACAAUUAAUUUAAUCUAAUAGGAUUUCCGUUUAAGUCAAUAAUUCGUAAUAAUUGAAAUUAUUAUGUAUAAGGUCAAGGGACAAAGACAUUCUACUGUGUCGAGAGCUGUACAAGAGCCUUCGCUUAUUACUACAAGAAAAAAGGUAUAUGCGAAAAGUUCAGUGAAAGAUUUGGAAAAGAGACAGAGAACAGAAUUAAAAAGUGCUGGCGACUCGGAAGACGAAGAUGGCUCGAUUAGGAAGUCCAAAAGUCCGAAAUAUGCGUCUUCAGCAAACGAUACAGAAUUGAUUUUGUACACAAAACAGAUCCAUAGAUAUGAGAUAGGGAAUCAGGGCAAGGGAUUAUUCAACUCGGGCGGAUCUGAUGGCAAAGACGGUACAGGAUUACUUAUGUCAUGGAAGCAGUGUAUCAGCGAGCCGAAUAUGAAAAAAUCGGCGAACAUUGCAGAAAAUUUAAUACAGAGUGAUAAAAUGCUUGAAGCAGAAUUUUUGAAUGAUAUAUAUAAGAAAUUUAAAUCAAACCCUGCUUUACUGAAAACAAUAUUUCAAAUGACUUCGAAACAAUUUGAAAAUAUAAAUGGUGUGGUUGAAACGAAAUUCGGCUAUCGGCUUGGCGAUCAGGAAAUACCUACGUUUGUCUGUUUUGUUACAAAUAGAGACUUAGAAACUCCAAGCGCUUUAAAAGGACUCACUGCUGAAUACAGAUAUAUUAAAGCAUGUAAUGAAGAAGAAACCACAAUUCACGAUAAAGAAAGGAGAAAUCGUAUGGACUUUGAAGACAAAUCCAGCGAUAUAUACACAACCAUAAGAGAUCAAACAGAAAAAUUAAGAAAGAACCACAGCAAUCUUAUUGGAAUUUCUGCGAGCCACUACAAGUCAAAGCAUUUCAAAGGAAAAGGAAAACAUAUUUUCGAAGAAAAGCCGUGCAUAGUAUUUUAUGUGAAAGGAAAAGGGGUCAUCCCUUUCGCAGAAAAACUAUUACCAAAACGAUUAGGGCGCUUUGAAACAGAUGUAAGAGAUGCAUACUAUGUAAGAAAGGUCGGCGGAGAAGCAAGCAAACUUCAUCAUGAUGUUAAAAUAGGUUGCCAGAUAAGAACUAACUCAGGUAGUGGAACGAUUGGUGGUUUUGUCGAAAGACAAGGCGAAAUAAUGGCAAUCACGUGUGCUCAUGUCAUUUUAAAGAAAAGACAAUUAAAAGAUUUGAGCGAAAAUCCUAGAUUUAAUUUGCCUGACAUAGAAUGUUUCCAAUCCCCUAACAAAUCUAAAACAAUUGAUGUGAUCGGAACACUAGCAGAUGCGAAAUACAAUGAACUGGUAGAUGUAGCAUUUGUGAAAGUUGUUCGACCAAGAUUGCCGACAAAGGGCGUUUUCCCAGACGUUAAAAACACAGUAGAGUGCCAGAGUCCUUGCACUCACUGCUACGGUAUAGCUAAUCGUUUGUGUUACAAUACUGGCGAGGUAUUACGUCCAGAAGACGUGACAAAAGAUAGCGUGAUAGUGAAAUAUGGAGCCGCCUCAGGUUUUACAAGAGGACGCAUUAGCCAAAUAUCAACUUUCACAGAAUUUACAGGAAAUGACAAGAUGAUAGAACAAAUCGAGGUCGUUUCUGAUGACAUCAUUCCCUUCAGUGAAGCUGGAGACUCGGGAUCUCUAGUAUUUAGCGUAGAUGAGAACAAAGAAAUGAAAGCAAUUGGUAUUUUAGUAGGUGGUACUGAAAGUAAAGAUUUCGUUACUCCAAUAACGGAAGUAUUCAAAAGUUUUGGUAUGGAAAAACCAUAUUUUCUUAAACCAUUUCAUCCAAUUACUCAGUACAUGAGAACACUUAUUAAGUGAUCCUUCUAAGAAUUUAGGGUACAAUUUUGUUUUACCACUCAACAACAAAAACAUUUCGUAGAAUUCUUUCAAGUUUACUACCGAAAUGAAGUUGUAUUGUUUUAAAGCACGAAUUAGCAGAGGUUUGCUUUUUUUCUAAAAUGGCUGUACAUGUGGCCCAGUUGCUUCUUAUUUGUCAAGAAUAAGGCUUUUUAUGAAAAUUAUAUAUAUUCAUUUUGCUGUGAUAAUUUCAGGUGAUAAGCUUCCGCGAUAUCAAAGAAUUCGGCGUAUUUCAUUGUAGUGUAUGGCCUUAUUAUCAAUGGUCACAAAACAGUCUAAAUGAAAUAUGCCUCAGAUUUAUGACUUUUUACCAAGCUGGAAAGCCAUUUGAAAUGUUAAAUGAAAUAAGCCUCAGAUUUAUGAUUCUUUACCAAGCUGGAAUGUCAUUUGAAAUAUUAAAUGAAAUAUGCCUCAGAUUUAUGAAUUUUUACCAAGGUGGAAUGCCAUUUGAUAUGUUAUACAUCCAUGUAUUUAGGCAUUUCUACAUAACAGAUAAGUUGACCAUGUAAUCUGUAUUUUCAGAAAGUCUGUGAAUCAAGUAUUGUGCCACUUAAGCGGAUAGUGGUGUAGCUGACCAUAGAAUGAUGUACCAUGUAAUCUUAGUUUUCACUGCAAUACUUUUGAGUAUGAUUUCACCAUAAUAUAUGUUUGAGUUGCUCACUGACACAAAUGCGUAAGACUUUGUAUCAUGUAGAAAGAGAUACAUUUCAUUAUUGUUUUUAUUUGUAAUUCGUAUAUGUGUAAAAUUGUGUAUGUUGAAAGCUUAGGGAGAUAUAAAUUGCCGCUGCAUUUAAAAACCUCCCUAAUACCUUAUUGUUUCAUAAGGCUACCUCAACUGACAAUGUAAACAAUUAGUAACAAAUAUAGUGUCGUUUUGGCAGUAAAUUAUCUAUGCUAUUCAAAUAGUUUCCAUUUUGCAGGCAAUUAAAAUCAUUGAUUAACAUUUUAGAUAUGACCUUUAUUUUUUUAUAAUCCAAUCGUUUGACAUCAAAAUUCAAUAUCUAUUGAUAAAAUUGGUUAUCAUUAAAUAUCUAUGUAUGGACAAGUGUAACUGGAAUUGUCCAUAUAGCUAUUUAAUGCAAAAAAAUCACUGAAGUUUAUGCUUGUACAGGAGUUAUUGUAUUGCCUGUAAAUAUAAAGUUUUCAAAUAUUGUGUCUUAUUAAUUUGAUUUAGAUUAUUUAAAAUUGUGUGAUAUCUAUAUUAUAAUAAGUGAAACAACAUCUAACAUUUUUAUUCUGAUAAUAAGUGCACAUACUGCCUUGAAGUCAUAAUAAUGUCAUAUCAAUCGAAUUGAAUAUAUUAAAGGUGUGUGUAGAUUUGUUUGCUAUAAACCUCUCAAAAGUAAACGUCUAACAUGCUUCUCAGCUUUUUAACUAGUCACAUUGCACUUCCCCUAUAGGCAACGGCUACUGUUAUACAUUGUACGCCACCGGUUCUUUCUGUUUAAAAGACUUUUGCUAAUCUGUUCAUAUUAGUUUUCUAUCAGGAAUCCCACAUAAGAAGACAUAUAUUUACGUAAUUCAGUUAACUUUUACCCUACUGAAUUUCUAAAAUUGAUCGGUCCAUCCUCCAAUUUGAACAGUACCAUUUAUUAUUUGAAGAACUGUUCACUGGAAAUUUACUGACUGAAUAGCGAACAGUGCAGACCAUGAUCAGCUUGCACGGAUGCCUGCAUCUGUGCAGGCACUUGUUGCAAAGGUAGAAUUGCUUGCCGCCAGGAAGUUAAAGGUUAAAUGCAUUUGACUAAAAGAAAGAGUUUAAAAAAUGGAACAAUUUUUCACUCUCUUUUUUACAGUCACUGUCAUGACAAAUACAGUUACGAAAUAACGAAAAUAAAAAUGAAAUAGCUUAAUCAAGAAUAAGGAAUAAAAUACCUUAAAAUAAUUUCUCUGACAGUGCCGCCCAGUGAUAGUCGGAAAUCGACGGUUUGGUGAAAGAUGUAGAUGUAGAUGUAGAUGUAGAUACCGAAAGUGAUUUAUAUCAGUCGAAAUAUUGAUAUAUCACUCGACCUGAAUAUAUUAGUACAUUUAAAAGUACAUGUCACGUAUAAAAAAAAAACAACUCAGAUUUCUUACACUAUCUCUGAAAUGCAUACAAUCAAAAAUCUGUCAUGCAGUUAGAAAGUGCUAAAUUAAAUGUGUUUAUUUCUCCUUCACGCACAUAAUUACGUUUUUCUAAGCACGAUAAUUAGUCUGAUUACUUAACACUGCAAAUAGCUAUUAGUUUUGUUUAGUUAAUGCCUGUUUCUUAUGUUUAAUAUUGUAAUAUUACACUGUUUCAUCCAUAAUGCUUUGUUUGAAUUGUAUGUACACUUUUGUAAGUUAAAAUGUCAAAUAGCAUUAUGUAUAUGUAUAUGUUAGUGCAGGAGUUUACAACUUGCGAGUCAAUGCUAUAUUGUAAUGAUGCAGAUGUUUAAUAUAAAUGUUAUAUGUUUGUACCAGUAUGAUUGACAAAAUAUAUACAAAACGCGUACUUUUGCAGCACAAUUUGAAUUUAACAAUAAACGUCUUUUGGCAGUUGAAAGUGUAUGUUAUAACGAGUUAUACUUAUGGGUAUAAAAUCUCUUAAUAUCCAAAUCACAUCACGCUUUUUUUAAUGUAAUUAUUUACAACAUGGAAACUUGUCCUUUGAAAUGAAACUACAAAUUUUGCUGAUGAUCAUGUCAAAAAUAUUAUGCUGCAGGCUUAAAAGUACUAGUAAGUUGAAGAAAGAACAAUCGUUAAUAAUCGUUGUGUUUUAAAAUAUAAUAUUGUAGAUUUUAUUAUUAUAUAUUACCCUGAUGGCAUAUAGUGUUUGCGCUGUAAUUCCGUUGCUCAGUCCGUUUGCCAGUAUAUACGUCACAUUUCCAGAUGUAUUCAACUACUUGUACAGUUCUCCCCUAAUUUUUAUAGUUAAUUAACAUGAAAUGGACAUACGCUUUAUGCCUUUGUUUAUUUUUUUUAGGUCUGGCCAUUUAUUUUUUUUUUUGGUGGAUGAGUGGGGGAGGAGGACUUUAGAACAUUACAAAUACACAUGUUGUUUGUGUACACAACUCCUUAAGAAAAACAGUUUUUAGAUUGCACAUCAAAUAAAAGUUUGUAUGCGUCACCAUCAUAAAGCUAUCAUGUGCAUAUUUUUCGAACUUAUAUCCUUUAUUUUUUCGAGUAAGGCUCCCGUUUUAAAAACCCAGUGUAUUAAAUGCCUACUAUUUCCAACCAAUUGAAUUUAAUCGUGUUAUAAAUCUUUAGCAUGAACAGGACAUAUACAUACUGUCAGAACUUUCAUGUUCAAUUAUAUUUAUAAUUUUUGUCCUUAGCAUAAAUUUUACAUGCGUAUAUUGUUAGGACGUUUGUAGUCUUUGGUAAAAUGUCACUUUAUUAAGCAUUUUCAGGGGGCUUUUGACAUAAUUUGAUGAUAUAAUUCUUGUUUUAUACAUGCCUUUAUAUGCUAAAGGCAAUGAACAUCAUGUUUUACCUAUUUAAUAUAUGAUUUAUUUUAAUCAGAAUACGUAUGUGCUUAUAUUUUUCACUGUUUGCUUAAAAUGUCUUAUACUGUAGAUAGAUUUACUAAAUAAGAGCAUGAUGUAUAUAUUCGCUUUGAUUUUUGUCUUAAAAGAUAAACAUUUUUUAACGUUGAAAUAUUAGCAUGCAUUUGAACUACAUCGAUUUACAGUAAACAAUAACAAAAUUAAUUAGAAUAAAAAUUGUUGUUGCCUUAAAGCCAUUUCUACAUUAUAUUGAUUAACAACAAUCAACAUCAUCAAAAUUUGAGUGGACGUGAUUUAGAAUAAAUCAAACCUUUAAAUAAUUAGGUGCUUUUGUUUCAUUCCGAAGUUUAGUUAUUCUAUAUCACUGGUAUCUAAGCAAUUGAAGCUAAACUUUUAAUUACGUUUUGCCUGUUUAUCUUUUACACAUUUCAAGUUAUAAUUAUAUGCUAGAACAAGGGAACAAAUUGAAAAUAAACCUAUGAAAUGUUGUCUUUAAAUGUAGCCUUUAAAAUCGGCAUUUUACACAAUGUCAUAUGGAUCGAAAUAUGUAAAAGCGCAUCGUUUUUAUACCAAAACAUACCAAAUUUUUGUCCCUCUUCGAGGGUCGUUCUAAAAGUAACGACAAUCUUGCUGAAAAAUUGUUCAAAGUUUGUGUAAAGACUUCAAGGUUAGUCUUUCUAUAUAAAAUAUUCGUCCAUGACUUCCACGCACUUCUGUAGUUUAAACAUCUAAGAGGUGAAAACUGCAGAAUAAGACGCUAUGGUUUUAAGUAAAUGAAAAUACUACUCCCAGUUUUUUUAUUCGCCCAACCAGCAUGUUUUUUAGCUAGAUUUGCCACUAUUUCAUCUCUCAGAAACUUUUGAAACGAUGGCACUUUUGUGAGCCGCAGCGUUGUCCUAGUUCAACUGUAUACCGCGAAGGCUAUUUCUUUGAUGCAUCCUUUAUUUUCGUUUAUGUAUUUUUGUUUUACUACUUCUAUCAACCUUCAGAAGCUUUUUGACACUUUAAGAUUGUUUUGGCAAUUACUGGUAUACCUACUUGCAGCAACUGUCUGCCUGUUGUCAAAGUGACGCGGUGACUCAUAAACACAUAAGUAUUUUCACCUGUUAGAAGCUGUGACAUUGUGCGAUCAUUUUUUUUAGCGUUUCUGUAGCACAUGUGAUACUAUUAGCCUUCUGUUCCUCGGGUAACCUUUGAAGCUCUCAUCGGACACAAAUCUUUCUUAAACUCAAGCGCUUGCUGAGCUUUUCUUAUCUUCUCCUCGUUUACAUGCCAAGAAAAGACGCAAUCUUGGACACCGUAUACCUGGUGUCUUUAUCAAUCAGGUGUUUAAAAGAAGCAAUGCUACUUGACGUCACUGCUGUUUUGGUUUGCAAGGACGAGCCUUGUCUUUAAGGACUGCUUGACCAUAUUAGUUCCCACCAGUAAACAGAUUUCUCUGAAUCUGACUUCCCAUAUGAAGUAUGCAGUUCACUGAGUUUCUGCAUUGCAGGUAUUCGUAAAGAACUACCUUCUUUAAUGUACGUUCUCUUCGCUUUUUAUAGCUACAUGUAUUUUACUUAGUGUAUAUGACUACAACCGAUACGAAACUAAAUAUCUCAGAAACGGUGCAAACGUUUGUUUUUAACAAAGCUUUGCAAGAGUUUAAAAGAGUUAUUUUUGUCUCAUAAAUUUAAAAGACAAGUUUACUGCUUGUCAAACUUCUAAUGAAGCGCGCUAUCGUCAUUGUUUUUAGAAUGGCCCUCGUAUCCCAGUACCGAAAACCGUACUUAGUCUAUUAGAAAUAUAAAUAAGUUGCUUUUACAUGUACGUACAUUAAGUGCCUAAAUGUUUUAAAGAAUUAUAUAACUAUAGCUUAUAAAUUUUUGAAAAUGUCUAUUUAGGUAAUGGACCCGUAAUAGUGUACCUCCUUUUGAAGAGUACUAAAAUCCUACAUUAAACUUAUUUUGACGAAGGCGUAGGUUCAAGCCGCAUUAGGACAAACAUUUUUCUUUAUAUGUCUUUUUUCUGGUAAGUUAAACUAUUUUCGAGACUUAUUAUUGAUUUAUUAUACAAACGCGGAAAUUUGACAGUUGAUACACAUGUAAGUCAUUUCUGUCUGUUUAAAUUGAAUUUAGACAUUUUUGAAAAUACUAAGUUACAUGCAGUAAAAGUUCUUUAUUUCGCCUUUACUCUUUAGUUUAGAUAUUGUGAAAAAAAGUGUUGGCAGGUGUGUUAAUUUUGCCCCAUAGUUAUUUUUGAAUGUAGAAAGCCAAAUUUUAAACUAUCUCCAACGAUUCUGUGAUAAUUUUUCAGAGUUAGAGCUAAAUGUCUGUACGAUUACAUCCUUUUACUUGAGCUCCCUAGAAAAUAUUCUUGGCAGUUUUAUUUUUUUUUUUUUGUUUUAUAAUAUUUAACCGAUACUUCGGUGUUUCUUUUAUCAAAAUUAUUGGUCUAAUGAAUUCUCUGCGAACGAUUUGUACAGUGGUUAUCACUAUGAGAUUUGUCUCUAAUUGAGCUCGAGGAAAUAUCAUAAAUUAACAAAAUUCAACAAAAACGACAUGGCAAAAGUUGUUUAAAAAUUGCAGAACAAUGCAAAAUAAUGUUUUUAACUUUAAGACUGUGUAAAGAUUAUGCAAUUUUUAAACAUUACUAUAAUUGUUACGGAUCCACUACCUUAAUCCCUUGACACAAGUAGUUAUAUGCCACUAACAGAACAAAAAGUCUUACCGCAUCAUAAUGUUUAAGCAUUGCUUACAGUUACGAGUAAUCAAUUUUACCAAAAAUGCUUUCCCAAAUUUUAAACAAUACUGUCUGCUUGAGGGAACAGUGUCACUGACAUUUGAAAAAAAAGUUUUGAUUCAGUUUUAUGACCUUUCAUGAUCUGUUAACAAGUACAGCUUUCUAACUGAAUUUGAAGACAGAAACGAAUAUUACAAUAUCUAUCUAUCUAUUUGUUAUUCAAAAUAAGUUACUCGAGUUUUACAAAUGAGCAUCAUUUCAGGAAAAUUCAUGAAGAAACUCAACAAAAAGGAAACUCUAUAAAUUGUCUAAAAUAUAUUACGAAACCUUGUUAAGUGCGUUUGUAAAUAAAUAUUGUGUGGUAGGCA